AUGGCACGGCGUCCUGCUGCACUGCCACUGCUGAUCCUGGGUUUGGUGGCGUACAACCUCUCACAGUUCGCGCCUGGAUUUGUGUCGCCUGUGCUAGGCCGCAGCCGGGCACCAGUUGUUUCCCGUCUGGCAGAGCCAGAGGUGGUGGAUGUGGAGGUCUCGGAGUUAGUGAAGCUCGAAGAGGACAUCGAGGCGCAGAUUCAGGAGGCUGAGAAGAAUGAGGACCAGUCGAAAAUGACACGGCUCAGCCGCUUGUUGGUGCUAACGCGAAGCAGCGCUGCAGCUACCGCAUGGCAAACCACCAAGGAGCUGAAGUCCAAGGUGGGCACCAGCAUGGCGGGUGCCAUUCGCGAGUUCGUGGGCAAGGAGGACUACGACAUCAACGAUGUGGCCACGAAAGUCGAGGAGCGUGUUAGUUCGGCUGUGACGAACCUGGAAAACGUGUACCUCACUGCAGACGCAGCCAAAUCGGCGCCGGAGGGCACUACUCCUAUCAUCCUCUCCGAUGUGGUUAGGCCAGUGGCCGGCCAGAUGAAGGAGGCUGGCAAGGAGGCAGUGCUUGCCUUUACCGGCAAGGAGGACUACAAGUUUGGGGACAUUAGCAAAGAGGCCGCCAGCCGCGCGAAGACGGCAGUGGCCAACUUGCUUGGCCAGGAAGAGUACAAGUUCGGGGAUGUUACCAAGCAGGCGGUCAACAAAGCCAUGGAUGCCGUUUCGAGCUUUACUGGAAAGGAGGAUUACAAGUUCGGAGACAUUACCAAGUCCCUGCUGAGGAAGGCGCUGGAUUAUUUGGAAAGCGACGAUGAGAAGGAGAAGAAGUGA